CUAACAAAGCUUACCCCGUGGGCAGGCAUUUCAUGAGCCUGCUACGUUAGGGUCCAGGUAGCUGAGACCGUGCUGGAAUGCCGAUUUCCAGGAGCACUUCAUCCGCAUUCAAGACUCCAGCGGGCAGUUGCACACCUCGAAUCCCCAGCUGCGAACGCCCUGCAAGAGGAGGAAAACCACAGAGGGGGGAACCCAAAACUUGGUAAAAGCUAGAGGUACCUCUACCUAAGCUAAACAAAAACCAAAAUACCCUGCCCUGCCCUGGUUUCGUUUGACUACCUCUACCAACUUUGCGGCAGUUCAUCACCGUCACCGGCUUUGCAAUAUGAGUACCUUUGGAAGUCCCGGUGCCUUGCCAACAACAAAACCCACGCCGCCCCAGAGAGGCAGCUUUCCCCUGGAUCAUGACGGAGAAUGCAAACACGUCAUGACAACCUACCUUGCCUGCAUCAAGAGGGUCAAGGGAGUCAACGAAGAUGAGUGUCGAUCGCUGGCAAAGGCCUAUCUCGCAUGCCGCAUGGAACGCAACUUGAUGGCCAAAGAUGAUUUCAAAAACCUAGGCUUCAAGGAAGACGAACCAUCAAGUACGCCCAAGCCGGCCGCUGAGGCUGAAAAGGGCGUGAAGGGAGAGUUACGGUGGUGAGAGGCUUGAGUUGUAACCAGCGUUGCUUGAUGACAUGUAUGGGGGAAAAGGAAAAAAAAAAAAAAAAAAAAAAAAACAUUUUUGGCCUUUGCCGACGUCUCCUUCCAUUUCGCGAAUCGUCUGUCUUGUCAAAAGCUUGCAAGUUGCGCCACAAACACCUGUUACCCCUGCCACCAGCUAGCGCCAACCCUUUGUGCGGAGGCAUACCUUCUUGUCGAUC